GGUCGCAGGGCGUCGCGGCAGCCGCGUGACGCCGUCGCGCGGCUUGGCGACGGCCUGGGCCACGGCACGCUGUGUGCGCUCGGGGCGCGGAGCACGAGCGCACUCCAGGACGGGAAAUGGAUGCAGCUCGCGGAGGUCGUCGGGGACGACGAGGCUGUGGCCGCCUUGGAGGAGCUGGAGCCGUCGCCCGCGGACCCGAUUGUCAUCGAGCCGAACUCGCUCUAUUUGAGUACGGGGUUCAACGGCGAUGGGGAACAGCAGUGCGAUUUCGCGUGGCUGGCGCUGCGGGCCACAGGCGCCUCCGAGCAGCACGUGCGCGCAAGGUUUUUCUUCAGCGACGAUGCGUACUGGGACUGGCGGGCGGCGUCUCCAGGCGUGGCGGGCGGGAUUUCCCCCAGCGCCCUGCUGCACAUCUGCACAGACGAGCCGCGCGGCGUCGAGGCACCUGCGGGCUGCGACGAGCUCGUCCACGUCGUGGACGCCCGCAGGCGGGAGGCGGAAGACAUCGCCGAGAUCUUCUCCAUGUGCUUGCCCCGCAACCCCGAGGCGGUCUGGACCGCAGACCUGCUGGGGCCGCGUGGGGCGCGCCUGGCCGCCCCACGCCUGUCGGCGUGCCCGACGAAGGAGAGUGCUGCACCGCCGACACUUGGGGCGGCGGGGCCCCGCGCAGCCGAGCGCGCGGUCGCGGGCCACAGCGCUCCCUUCGAUGGGCUGCUCGGCGACAGUGCCCUGUCCGCGCGGGCUGCAGGCCCCCCGCUCAACUUGGAGCCCACGCGGGACGAGCUGCGGGCCAGGCUCGCUGCGGCGCGGGACCGGUUCGCCUCGGUGCUCGCGGAGCGCAUGGCGAAGGCCGCCAAGGCCCCCAGCGCCGAGGCAGCGCGCGGCUCAAGCGGCCCAGUUGCUGCUGCUGUGGCCAGCGAGGGAGCUGCGGGCGAAGGCGUGAAGGUGCUGGCGAUGGCGCUCAUGGCGGUGCUCAAGAGCUCGGCCACGCAGGCUGCCGGCAGCUCGGGCGCUGGCGCCGCCUCGGACCCCCUCAGAGCAGCCGACGGGGCCGCAGCCACAAGGGGGAACUUGCUCACUAUCUACUUGCCGCAGAACCCAGUGCAGCAGAUCGGGGUGGCUGCGUUUCGCGAGAUGCGGGCACUGGCCGAGUCGAUCGACUUUCUCCUCCAGUGCAGGAUUCUUCAGGCGCUAGACAUCCUGACCCAGCGGCUGAAGGCGGCGCAGGUGGCAGUCGGCGAUGGGCUCUGGGGCGCGGCGAAGUGGCUCGAGCUGACCCCUGCCAAGGACGAGCCCACCACGCUGCGCAACGAGGAGGAGGCGAUGAUCCGCAGCAUCGAGCUCGGCGAGUUGAAGCUGGAGGAGCUCAGCAGCCGGCUUCGCAAGCCUCAGG